CCAAACCCGGCAAAAAAAAAAAAAGAGGAAGAGGUGGAAAAAAAAAUGGUGAGGGGUGGUCGUAAAACGACGUCGGCGAGGUAAUUUCCCUCGCGUCGCAGGCUCGCGUAACAUCGCUGGCCGACCUGGAUCUUCUGGAAGUCUCUGGCCAGAAGCAGCCCCUCGCCCUAGCUCCGCUCAGCCAGCGCCGCCAUUUAUCGGAACCUUAGGUAACCAGAAGAAGCGUGUUACAUCGUACCGUCUUUUAUCGUUCGAGUCCGAUAUCGGCAGCUCCACAUCAAGAAGGAGGUCCAAAUUGGUAUAGGCUAGUAGAGAUUGUGCCUUAGAUGCUGGGAAUCACGUUUCGGUUGAAUGUUCAGAUGAAAUAAACAGUUUUGAUGCUUCCAUCAAAAUAUCGUGCCUUCUUCAGUGAACUUCUUCAAUGCACACAAAACAAGAACAUCUCCAAAGGCCGUUCUUUGCAUGCUCAAAGCAUAAAAGCUGGAUCCUUUUCAUGCGUUUACCUUGCAAACAGUCUUGUAAACUUGUAUGCCAAAUGUGGCUGGUUGACUGAUGCCAAGCUUGUAUUUGAAACCAUACAGGAUAAAGACAUUGUCUCAUGGAACUGCAUAAUAAAUGGAUACUCUCAACAAGGCUCUAUGGGGGCUCCUUUUGUCAUGGAACUAUUUCAGCGAAUGAGAAGGGAGAAUGCCUUACCUAAUGCUCACACUUUUGCCGGUAUCUUUACUGCUGCCUCGAAUGUGUCAGACGCUUUUAGUGGGCAGCAAGCUCAUGCACUUGCAAUUAAAACUGACAGUUUUGAUGAUGUUUUUGUUGGGAGUUCACUUCUCAAUAUGUACUGCAAAGCAGGUCUUUUGGUGGAGGGUCGUAAGUUGUUUGAUAGAAUGCCAGAAAGGAAUUCGGUUUCAUGGGCCACAAUGAUUUCUGGGUAUGCAAUGCAGAGGUCUUCCAGGGAGGCUGUGGAGCUUUUUGAAUUGCUACAUCAUGAAGAGGAGAAAGAGAAUGAGUAUAUUUUAACUAGUGUUCUUAGUGCGUUGGCAGACCCUCAAUUUAUUGAUACUGGCAGACAAAUACAUUGCCUCGUGUUUAAAAAUGGUUUAUUAGCUUUUGUGUCAAUUGAGAAUGCUCUUAUUACCAUGUAUACGAAAUGUGGGAGUGUGGAUGAUGCACUUCAGACGUUUAAAUUAUCAGGUGCUAAGAAUUCUAUCACAUGGUCUGCCAUGAUCACUGGCUUUGCACAAAGUGGAGAUUCACUAAAGGCAUUGAAGUUGUUUUCAACCAUGCAUUUUACUGGAAUGACCCCAAGUGAGUUUACACUUGUUGGGGUCCUUAAUGCUUGUGCUGAUGUUGGUGCUGUUGAACAGGGAAAGCAAGUGCAUGAUUACUUGUUGAAAUUGGGAUAUGAAUCACAAAUAUAUAUUAUGACAGCUUUGGUUGAUAUGUAUGCAAAAUGUGGUAGCACAGUGGAUGCUAGGAAGGGGUUUGAUUAUGUAAAACAUCCUGAUAUGAUUUUGUGGACUUCCAUGAUUGGAGGAUGCGUACAAAAUGGAGAGAAUGAAGAAGCUUUGAGUUUAUAUGCUAGAAUGCAGAUUGAGGGGAUUAUGCCCAAUGAGCUAACCAUGGCCAGUGUUAUGAAAGCAUGUUCAUCUCUGGCUGCUUUGGAGCAAGGGAGGCAAAUUCAUGCCCGUACUGUUAAGCAUGGGUUUGGGCUGGAAGUUCCGAUUGGAAGUGCCCUUUCCACCAUGUAUGCAAAGUGUGGGAGCCUGGAAGAUGGAAACUUUGUAUUUAGGAGGAUGCCAGAGAAAGAUGUAGUUUCAUGGAAUGCAAUGAUAUCAGGGCUUUCUCAGAAUGGCCAUGGCUGUGAAGCACUUGAACUUUUUGAGGAGAUGCUAAACGAGGGAACAAAGCCAGACUAUGUUACAUUUGUUAAUGUUCUCUCAGCUUGUAGCCACAUGGGAUUGGUGGACAGAGGUCUAAUUUAUUUUGAAAUGAUGUCCAGUACAUUUGGCAUUGCUCCAAAAGUAGAGCACUAUGCUUGUAUGGUUGAUCUUCUGAGCCGUGCAGGAAAGCUGAAUGAAGCUAAGGAAUUCAUUGAAUCAGCUAAAAUAGACCAUGGCAUGUGCUUAUGGCGUAUUUUGUUGAGUGCUUGUCGAAACCAUCGUAACUAUGAAUUAGGAGCCUAUGCUGGUGAGAAACUAAUGGAGUUGGGUUCUCAAGAAUCAUCUGCUUAUGUGGUGUUGUCUAGUAUAUACAAUGCCCUGGGCAGGUUAGAAGAUGUAGAGAGGGUGAGGAGGAUGAUGAGACUUAGAGGGGUAUACAAGGAGCCUGGUUGUAGCUGGAUUGAACUUAAAGGUGGUGUUCAUGUUUUUGUUGUUGGAGACCAGAUGCAUCCUGAGAUUAAAGAAAUACGUGAAGAUUUAAGAAUGUUAUACAAACAAAUGAAGGAUGAAGGUUAUCGACCUUCUUUUGAUCAAAUUUAUGUAAUUUCUAGUAGUAGUCAGGAAGUCAGCGAUGAAUUUGUUUCACAGUUUACUCCAUUCCUUUCGUCAAUUCAUUUUUAGGAUGAUUUCUUAUAGGUUUUGAGGACAAUGCUAGAGCAAUGGCCUUCUAUUUUGCUUUUGAGGCCUAUUCCGUUUUUGUUCUUCUCAUAAGUUAUAUAAUCACAUUAACAUAAACAUUCAAAUUCAACAGAAUGACAUUUCUUCUGAACAAGUAGGCAACUAAAAUUUGUACUAUAUCUAGUUGUGUUUUGUGUUGCCAUCCGGCUAAUAGCUGAUCUUUCACGAGUAGUUCAACAGAUGAUGCCCGUUGUUUGUCAGGCUCUCAGUUGCAAAUCAAAUGCACUUCAGCCUUUCUAGGUUGUGGAACCUGCAUCACAAACAGAUCAUGAUGGGAGGAGGUCAAGGGAAACCAACAAACCUAAUGUUCAGAGUUUUCAGAAAGAAUUGCCUCCUUCAGUGGCAUUUUAACAUUGGAAUUGCUUUUCAAGGUUGUAAUCGGAGUCUUUGUGCGAAUUAGGUUGCAUGGGGUUUGAUUGGUUCUGCUCUGAAGGUGUAGGGUUGUAGUUGAAAUGUUUGUCAUCUCUAUCAAAUUUCUCUAGAUGUACUAUUUGGUCAUUGAUGUGUCAAACUGUGUACAGCGGCCAUAAUUCGUAUAAACUAUACAGCAAAGA